ACCGCCCUUGGGCUGAGUGAGAAACCCAAGCACAGAAGACAUCGCAUUCAUUGGGAAGACUGGUGUUAUUUGGAGAUUCCGUAGCUAGUUCCCGUCAGCCUCAGGUAGCCUCUCCCUGAUCUGGAGCAGUAAUCCCAAGAAGAAGCAGUGUGGCUUUCGUCUGCUGUUCAGUGUUGCUUAGGAAGCUUUAGCCAGCACCAUGGCGUUGCCGUACAAGAAAGAUCUGGACAAGUACAAGGAUCUCGAUGAAGAUGAAAUCCUCAACAAACUGUCGGCGGAGGAGCUCAAACAGCUGGAAACGGCCCUUGAGGAGAUGGACCCUGAGAAUGCUCUCCUCCCAGCGGGUUUACGUCAGAAGGACCAGACGGCUAAGACAGAUACAGGACCAUUCGACAGGGACAGUCUGCUCAAAUACCUGGAGAAGGAAGCCAUGGAGUACAAGGACAGAGAGGAUAUAGUGCCCUUCACUGGGGAGAAAAAAGGUAAAGUAUUUGUUCCGAAGCAGAAACCAAUAGAAACACGCCAGGAGGAAGUCACAACCCUUGAUCCAGAAUUAGAAGAAGCUCUGUCCAGUGCCACAGAGACAGAACUCGGUGAUCUAGCAGCAAUCCUGGGUGUUCACACACUGGUCACCAGUAGUCAGACAUAUGAGAGAACUGGAUCUAAAGAGUCUUACAACAAUGUGAUCAAAGGGGAAAAGAUGAACCCAGUGUUUGACGAGCCACCCAAUCCCACCAAUGUAGAAGAAACUCUGCAGAGGAUAAAAAGCAACGACAGCUCCCUAACAGAGGUCAACCUCAACAACAUCAAGAACAUUCCAAUUCCCACGCUGAAGGACUUCGCCAAAGCCAUGGAGAAGAACACGCAAGUCAAGAAGUUCAGCCUGGCAGCAACGCGGAGUAACGACCCGAUAGCUGUGGCGUUCAGUGAAAUGCUGCGAGAGAACAAGACGCUGCGCAGUUUGAAUCUGGAGUCUAACUUCAUCACCGGGGCGGGCGUGCAGGCUUUGGUAGAUGCAUUGCGAGAUAAUGACACACUCACAGAGAUCAAGAUAGACAACCAGAGGCAGCAGCUGGGUACGACCAUAGAGAUGGAGAUAGCUAAAAUGUUGGAGGAGAACAACAGCAUAGUGAAGUUCGGCUACCACUUCACCCAGCAAGGACCUCGAUCCAGAGCCGCCGCAGCUAUCACCAAGAACAACGACCUGGUCCGCAGGAGGCGAGUGGAAGGCGACCUGUAGGGACGUAGCCCAGCCUGUCUCCCAGCCAAUUGUGUUUUUCAUCUCAUCGCGUGGAAUAAUUUCAGCCAAUGCCCUGGUCUCAUCUCACUGUGUGGAAACUUUAGUCUUGUGCCAAACUACGGGGCAAGGCGCGCAAAAACCAGAACAUACAUCUGAGAAGAAGGGAAAUAACUGGAAUUGCCCUCUCCUAUACACAUGUUCAUACUUAUGUUUAUUAUGAUGUUGUUUUUGAAGGUGUAAAUCUCAUUAGUUUUUAGUCAUUUCAUUUCAGCUGCUCCUUUUUUUUUGAGCCUUUAUAUUGCCUGUCCAGACUUUUUACUUGCUUUUUUUCCCCUUUUCUCCUUUUAUACAAUGUUAUAAUCAUGCAAACUAAUCAUAAACUAAGUAACAGGAACAACAGUAACAGCUUUGUAAAAAAAACAGUAACUAGCGAUUGAGAAACCCCUGUGUCCUGUAUUCUGAUGGUUUUCUAUCGAGGUUGAAACUUAAUGUGGGAUUUCUGUAUCGAACCAGAACUGGAGUUUGUCAUUCGUACGAUGGGGGUAGCUCUCAAGUUGAUGCCUGGACUUGAAAGUGAUGUGAUUCAAGGCCAGGCCAGUCUGCUGGGAGCAGAACGGUUAUAGCGUAGCCAUGACGAUUAGCCUAUAAACCUUGUAUGACUGUACAGAUGUCUGUUUCCAUGUAAAAACCAGCAGUAAUGACUCUUGGCUCUGACGUCUCUGAGCAAAUUGCUGUUUUUCAUUGCAUGAGCAGUGUGGUUUUCAGGCGUUGUUUAUUGGAGUUGCCUUGUAAAGCCAGCAUGACUGUUUGGUGUGUGCAAGAAGUUCUGGUUAGUUAGAGCCUGAUACUGUAGUCAUCCUAAAACAAGAUGCUUGACCAUGUUCAGUCUGCUAAUGACAGUUCUAUACUGUUUGCUCACUCCCUCGAAAAUAUAUACUGUAACCCUCAGUGCAUCUUAUUUUGUUAUUGCUUUACUGUUUUAUUCCAACUAAAGUCUUGUUUUGAUACUGUUCAGACUCUGAUGGUCACUUUAAUCUGCUCACAUGAAAUUCUGAUUAAGUUUUGAUAGUUUGGACCAAGUAAAAGUCAGAUUGUACUGUAAAAGGAACAUGACAUCAGCCGGAGUCUAGGCUGAAAAAGGCUUUGAUCUGCUCUUACGAAUGAUGUCUGCUCAACACACUGAGUUUCUCUGUUGCUUAACCAUGCCAAAGACUAACACAUGCAGUGCUUCAAGUAUCAAUAUUGGACUUAAUGGUUAUUGGUAGGAAAGGAGACAUUUUUAGAUCAUGCUAUGCCAUUGAACAUAUAUAUAUAUUUUCUUUUCAGUGGGCUGUUCAUAGCCAAAUGUUCAUCAAGUAGUUGAGUGAGAUGCGAGGAAGAGCUGGCAAACGAUUUGUGUGAAACUUACUUCUCAGGUUGCGGCUGCUUGUGAAAUGUUUCUUUGAACUAUGGCUCCCUAAUGAAAGUCUUAAAAUUAACUUCUCUUCACACCGACUCUUUCAACAGUAGCAUGUCAUUUAUUAUGUAACACGGUUUGUUGAGUACACUGACCUGCUUGAGAUGGUUAGAACAGGACUAAUUCAGGGGUUACUUGAAACCUGUAUAUACUGUUUAUGUGUAAUAGGAACAAUAUGCUGGCAUGAAGUCAUCACUCGUGAACAUCAUGUUUCUAUUGACCAAAAAUGUUCUUCCAUCAGCCUCACAUUCCUUCGGACAAGAGUUGUACUUUGGGUUUUUAUAUCUGUGUACGUUUUCCACAAACAUAUCUGCUAGUAAUUUCUCCUUGGAAGUUUUUGUUUUUACAUUACUGUAUUUUUUCUGGUGGACAGUCGGCUAAAGCGGUAAACUGCUUCUUUGCUUGGGCUUGUUAAUAAUAAUCUGUGAUUCAUAAUAUGUAUAUUAAUUGUAAAAUGCCAUCUCAAAUUCAAAGUGUACACACAAACACACACACACACACACACACACACACAUACACACAUACACACACAUAUUGCCAUGUGUGUACCACAUAAAUCUACACGAGUCACUGCUGAGAUUUUUUUGUACCUUAAAACAAAAACCCAGGUGUUAACACAAGGAUUAUGUAUUAUUUUAAAACCACAGGACUGGUAAAACGCACUGCUGAAUAUAAGACAUCUUAAACAAUAAAUGUUUUUACAUACUGUG